CACGUAGCCAAAGCUAAAUCCAAAGCCAGAACACAAAACAACCCAGAUGGCGGAAGAGAAGGCCGGUAAUGGCGAUGGCGGUGAUGGUUGUGCUCCAGAAGAGGAGGAGAAGAAGAUUGGUCUUGCCAAUGGUGAUGGUGGUGCUCCACCAGAGAAGGAGAAGAAGAAGAAGAACGCAGAUCCACAGCUGUUGAUCUGCUUGCUUCAGCCUGCUCCCGCCGACUCCGAUCCCGACUACAUCGGCAUUCGUCGCCUUCUUCUCUCUCGCAAGCCCCAGUCUCCAUUUCAACGCCGCCUUGAUUGGAGAUGCAAUGGAAAAGGGUACGUUGCGUUUCGAAAUUACAUCCGGAGGCCGAGGAAUUGGGAAAAUAUGCAAACUCCGAGCCUCCAAACCACUCCCGGAAACAGUGGGCGAUGGGUUCCACCUCCAAGUCCACGGUCUCUUUUGUAUGAUGUCGAAAGCUGGAGCCCUGGCAGGGACGUCCAAAGUGGCAGUCAACCUUCGCCUCGCAGAAGUUUUGGCUCAAGUACUAGUGAUAAUGACCGCCCACGUAAUCGGCGGGCUGAACCUGCAUACUCGUUUGUAGGAAUGCAUUGCAUCUUUGAUCAGUGCAAAGCCUCUGUUACGGUUUUGAAGUUUGGGCACAUGAGUUCUGAUCUGCUUGCAUAUGGAGCAUCAGAUGGAACCUUGACAGUAUGCACUGUCUCUGAUCCACCAUCAGUCCUCAAGCAUCUGGAUGGUCACUCCAAAGAUGUUACAGACUUUGAUUUCUCAUCAAACAAUCAGUACAUUGCAUCCUCAUCAAUGGAUAAAACUGUGCGAGUAUGGGAGAUUUCAAAAGGCCUUUGCAUUCGAGUAAUAUAUGGAGUUUCUUCGCAAUUGUGUAUUCGUUUUCACCCUGUAAAUAACAACUUCCUUUCAGUUGGCAAUGCAGACAAAGAAGUUACGGUUUUCAAUUUCAGCACAGGGAGGAUCAUUCAUAAAAUAUUUUUUGACAGUGAGGUUACUUCCAUGGACUAUGCUCACACUGGACAGCUCAUGUUCUGUGGGGAUGCGACGGGGUGUAUCUAUUCAGUAAGUAUGAAUUCUCACACAGGAGUAUUAUCCCGCUCUCAUCGCCAUCGAAGUAGCAUCAGGCGCAAAUCUGCAGUCACAACUGUGCAGUACCGAAGUUUUUCUCUGUUGGCUCGGGGCCCUGUGUUGCUGACAUGUACUCAAGAUGGAAGUUUGUCUUUCUUCAGUGUUGCUCUGGAAAUACAGGGUUAUUUGACUCUCCGCUGCUCACUCAAAUUAAAUCCACGGAUAUACAGCAUCCGGGCUUCUUUCUGCCCUCUGCUUUCCCUUGAAAAAGGAGAAUAUAUAGUUGCCGGAAGUGAGGAUUCAAAUGUGUAUUUCUAUGAUUUAACUCGGCCAAAGCAUACAUGUGUAAACAAGCUACAGGUUCAUCUUAUUCAUACACAUGGCUUUAAUGGUUUCCUAGUCGCAAAUUGGACCCAAAUGACCAAAAUAUAUGUGACUGCAGGGUCAUCGAUUUCCAGUUAUCGGUGUUGCUUGGAACCAUGGAGAGAACUUGUUAGCGUCAUCCGAUUUCUAUGGUACGGUUAUUGUAUGGAAGAGAUCGAAGACAGGCUAAAACAAACAUAUACAGAGAGAUACAAGUUUCAGUUCACACGUGCAGACUGCUUAAUUCUUCCAUUUUUUUCGCCCCGAAAUUGUCUCACUAGAAAGUCUUGUAUACUGUAUUAUAAACUGUACCAAGCAGAUAAGAAUAGGGUGACAUUACUUGUAUAAGUGUUUGUAUCCAUUGCCAAUUUUAUAUCAAGUCACCAAAUUUUUUGAAUCGAGACACCAAUGCAAAUGAGAUGGUACGUUUCGUGCCAUAAACUCUGAA